CGGACCUCCAACGAACUUAUCGAUAAUAAAUUAAGCAAAACACAAUUUUUUAAUAUAAAUAGUUGAUCAAAAGCCACAACCAAGUAAGUCUUGAAGUAGCGCAAAAUGAAGCAAAUACUACUUUGCAGUUUCUUGAUCGCAGUGUGGGCAAUCCAAUCCCAUUGUCGCGUAUUGGACAACCCGAACAGCGACAUAAGCCAAUCCGACUCGUCUUUAUUGAGCAAACUCAAGAACAAAGCCAACCAUUUAAUCGAAAAAGUGUACUAUAAAGGCGAUAAAGCAGUGAAAUCCUUCGAGCGCGGUUACCAAAAAACCAAAUGCCGGAUGCACCAAAUAGUAUCGGUAGCAGUUGAUGGAGACUAUUACAAGCAUGAUCCGUGCCGUAAGCACGUGGACUAUGAAGAGCAUAACGUGGAUGUUCACAUAAAUCAUACUGGUGAAAACCACGCGGGUUACCAGAAUGGGCAGCAAAUAGGGAAAAAAUUAGAUGUUCCAAAAGCAAACCCUCAGGUACAGACGGACCAAGAAACGACUGAUAUCGAAGCUGAAGCUACAGAAUAAUGAAUUCUAUUCGUUAAUUAAUUGUUACGAAUUUAAAUUAUGAAGACAAAAAAUAUACUUAUU